GCAGAUAAGCCCAAAGACACGACACAAACCGCUAAAAGAUCAAGAGAGAGUGGCCCCCCUGACACAGUGCCUUCGCUUUGGCCGAGUGGGUUUACUCAGUCAGUGUGUCGGUGUGCUAACCACGUAACCUGCUUCACCAGGAAGUCGACGGCUCAGCUGUUUUUCUUCGGAAGGACAAAAUAAGAGAACAAGAAGUAGAAUUGGUGCAGCAGGAUACGCAUGAGAAGCGUAGACAGACGAGACGGACAUGCGACCCAUAUCUGGUCUUUACUAGAUAAAUUCAGACUCUCUUACCAUCAAAAACGUCCUCAAUCAUGCCUGAAAACUGCAAGUCAAUGACCAUUAGGGACGCCAACAACAACACUUACCCGGCACCUGUCAAUAAUAACCACAGCAGAAGCAGCAACUUACCAGGUACCAAACAGAGGAGCAUUCAAGUAACUGCGAAAGUACUUUUCGGAUCUGUUCAUGCUAUUAACAGGCUCAAGGAGUCUGAGAAAGCUGCCAGGGAUAAUAAGAGAAUAUAAAUUUAGUUCCAAUCAAAAAUUUGAAAUCUGGCUGGUCUCUAUCAUUUUGAUGCUACAUAUAUUAGCCAUUGACCAGACCAUAAUCAAACCAAAUGAAACAAUAGACAAUAAAAUAAUAUAUGACGAAGGAAAUUCCUCAGCGUACUUUAAUUUUAAUAAACAGACAAAAAACGAAAGCGACUUACGUACUGGUACUGCAAAUAAAUUGUUGACCAAUAAGGUAAAGGAAAGCUACUCCGAACAUGAAGAUGCUUUAAAAGGAAAUAAGGAAGAUAAUCAACGAAGCAUCGGCAAAAAGCAACGUGGAUUUAAAAUUGAGCCAAGAGAUAUAAGUGAUGCGGUAGAGUACGGAUUAAGGGCACUGGAAGAACUGGUUCAAAUUAAAGAACCUUUGCUAUAUAAAUUAGGUUUGUCUUUGAACGAAAAUGAUCCAGCGGCAAGGGUAGCAAAUUUUGGAGCCCCCACAAAUCCCAAAGCAAUUUUACUGUCCCAAUUUGGUUUUGCAACUCUAGAAGCCAGCAAAAGGAUUGCUGAAAUUUACAACAAAGAUGUUUACCGUCAUUCUUCAGAAUCGACAUUCAACGUGCAACCUAAAGCAGACUUGGACGAAUGUCCUUUACGAGGACAGCCCAAAUGUCCGUUUUCUUCCAGACGAUUUAGGACUGCAGAUGGAACCUGCAAUAAUUUGGAAUAUCCUUGGAGAGGAUCGGCCAUGUUGCCAAUGCAAAGAUUCUUACCUCCAAUGUACCACGACGGUAUCCAAAGUAUAAGACGUUCAGUGUCCGGCGCCCCAUUGCCAUCGCCACGUAAAAUAAGUUCAGCGUUCCACAGAGACAAAAAUCAUGAAGUCCACUCUGUCACUCUAAUGUUCGCUCAAUGGGGUCAAUUUAUCGAUCACGACGUCACUUCUACUGUCCGAGCUCGAGGUUUUAACGGCUCAAUUCCUAGAUGUUGUGAGGAUGGUGGCCGGAGGGCUGUACCUCCACAAUUUUUGCAUCCAUCGUGCCUGCCAAUAGAAGUACCGAUAACCGAUCCAUUUUUGAGCCGGUUUGGUAUUGGUUGUAUGGAAUUUCUCAGAAGCGCCCCAUCAACCCGAAUCGACUGUGAACUAGGCUGGCGCGAGCAAAUUAAUCAAGUCACAUCUUAUCUUGAUGGUUCCAUGAUUUACGGAAGCGAUGUAGAUACUUCAGACUCCAUCAGAUCAUUCAGGAACGGUCAGAUAUUCUAUGGUAGACCAUCAAAUCAAGGUGCUUUAGAGCCUCCAGACCCACCAGGUGGUGAAAUUUGCACCGAAGGUGCCAUGUCAGAUGAGUGUAUUCAAUCUGGAGAUGGCCGAUUCAGUGAAACUCCCGGCUUAGUGGCAGUACAUACAGUCUUUGUCAGGUACCAUAACAAAAUUGCCAAUCUACUGACUCAAAUUAACAGACAUUGGUCAGACGAGAGAGUGUUCCAGGAGACUAGGAGGAUUGUUUAUGCAGCAAUCCAGCAUAUAACUUACAAAGAAUAUCUACCAGUAGUAUUGGGCCCAGAAGUUAUGGACCUUUUUGAACUCAGACUAUUAAAGGCUGGAUACUAUGACGAAUACGAUUCGGAAAUAUUUCCGGCAAUUGCAAAUUCUUUUAGUACUGCUGCUUUCAGAUUUGGUCACAGUAUGAUCCAAAACUCCUUCAUUAGAACUGACAGCCACCAUAUACCUUUACCAAACAAUAUUUCCCUUCACAAUGAACCUUCUAACUUUGAAAAUAUUUGGAGCAUAGGUUCGCUGGACCGAUUGCUGCUAGGAAUGUCUAACCAACUCUCUCAAAAACGUGACGAAUUUAUUGCUGAUGAAUUAACCAAUCACUUGUUUCAAUUUUCUGGUCAUUUUGGUAUGGAUUUGGCUGCUAUAAAUAUUCAACGUGGCAGAGACCAUGGUAUACCUCCAUAUACUUUUUGGCGCAAGCCUUGUGGUUUAGCUCCUCUUAAUAAUUGGCAAGAUUUAGAGCAAGUCAUGAGCGUGGCAUCAGUAAUGAGGCUUAGAAGCUUAUAUACUCACAUAGAUGAUAUUGACCUAUUCACGGCAGGUUUAGCAGAGAAGCCUUUAAGAGGAGCUGUGGUUGGUCCUACAUUUGCUUGCAUUAUUGCGCAACAAUUCUCUUAUUUACGAAAAGGUGACAGAUUCUGGUAUGAAAAUGAAGGAUUUGAAUCUUCAUUAUCACCAGCUCAGCUACAGCAAAUAAGAAAAAUUUCUUUGGCUCAAAUUUUAUGUCAAACCACUAGCGAAAUUGAAACUAUACAGCCGUUUGUGUUUCUGUCAGCCGAUGGUUUUAGAAAUGUAAGAGUUAGUUGCGAUAGCCCAGAAAUACGGAAUUUCGAUUUGAGAGUUUGGGCUGAAAACUCAUUCGAAUUCAACAGUAUAGCAUCCGACGAUAUAGAUUCAUUCGAAUCUGAACGAUCACAAAGACUGAAACGAGACACCACCAAACAAAAACCAAAAAAGACAAACACUACAGCUCAACUCAAACAAAGUGACUAUGCUACUACUAUAACAAAAAAACCGUCAGUUACACACAGUACCAAACGUACCAAAACCAAGUCAAAUUACUAUCAAAUUAUUGACAGAAACCACGAAGACGUCACGUACCUUGUAGGAAUAGUACCAGACCGAACGACCAAAGCACCUAACUUACUUGUAAACAUUAAUAUAAACUACUCACCACAAUCUACUACCAGUACUGCACCAAUCAUAAAUAGAAAAAAACAAACAAUUACAACCGAAAGACCUUACUCUGGUGACCAAGUGACUUUUAGACCAACUUUAGCCAGUUACUACAAACCAACUGAUGACGACGUAGUUGUCAUAACCAAACGACCAGUAACAUCGACCACAAGACGACCAAUAACAUCUACAACAAGACGACCAAUAACAUCUACAACAAGACGACCAACUCUAAUUAACAAAAAACAAACUACUGUGAGUUAUCCAGUGUUUGUAUAUCAUGCACCAACGACCAAAAGACCUACUUACUUUUUUGACAACAUGGAAUACGCCAGUACUAACGGACUUAAACGACCUAACAGUAAUGGACUCGGCUACAGUGACAACUUUGACAGACCAACAUCCGAGUACUUUUUCUCACAAAAUUCUAGACCUUCACAAAACUCCAACCGACCCUCACAAAGCACCUACGGACCUACUCCACUGACGGUAACAUUAUCUAGACCUAUAAACGAUUUGCAUUCUAACAGACCUUCACAAAACUUCUACAGACCUACUCAACUGUCACAAACAUCUUCUAGCUCAGAAUAUUUUAACGAGCAUUUGGAAAGCUCCAAUAGACCAUCACAAAACUUUUACAGACCUACAAAUGAUUUUGAGACAAACAGACCUUCACAAAACCAAUACAGACCAACGGUUUUCGAGGACCGUCCAUUUUCGAGCUCCUACUCGACUUUCAAACACAAACCUACUUUUGAUAAUUACUAUGACGACAGUGAAUCUGUUGUUAUUACUGGGACUAAUAUUGAUAGGGACGAUACUACUAACAAUGACGAUAUUUUGAACGAAUUCUUCCAUCGAAAUAAAGAAGAUGGUGGUACUCACAGAAAAGCUUCAAGCGAUUUGGCUUUAGCAAGCUCUACUCCCAAACCUAGUGUAGAUGACAAAUUAGACUUUACAUCUGAUUUUGUUGAAAUUUCUUCUGUAAAAAAGCAGGAAUUUUUUGCCAGGGAAGGAAUAGACGAAGCUAAGCAAAAACCUUUGAAAAAGAAAUCAAGAGAUAACUGGAAAGUUUUUAGAGCCAUAGAAGGGCCUAUGCUAGAUAUAGAAGUUCCAGAACUUAUAUCUAGUGUAACUUGCUCGAAUGAGGUCCCCAAACCAAUGACUGAAUUUUUAAUGGCAGCGGAGGGUUUCCAGACCAAUACCAAAUCUAGAUGAUUACCAACAUUUACGAACUUUUUACUACAUACUACUACUGACCUGACUUGAACCUAGAGACAGUUUUACUUAUUGACUUUUUACAACAAAAACUACAACUGCAAACACCUAAACCUACUAAAAACAUAAUUGUUAUAAACUACUACUUUUUAAUACAAAUCUACCUUACUACCGAACUAAACAUUCAUUUCACUACAAUCAUACUAAACGGUACCGACAUCUAUUUAAUUUAAAAAUUGACUCGCAUUCUAAUACAUAAAACCACAAAACAGACUACUGGAAAAGAUUCGCAUAAACUCAGGUCACUUACCAAUACUUACCUAUCUUCACUUACAUUUACUCUUUACUUACUUUAAUAAUCGACUUAGGUACAUUACCAGCUAAACCAAACUUAGAUACUUGUUAUUUACCUACUCAAACUUACCAAAACAAAUAUGAAAAAACAUAUUAUACCUACCUAACGCUAUUUAUGAAAAUACUUAUGCUUAUCCAAUUAGAGAUUCUCACUUACUUACUCACCUACUUACUCAUCUUAUUACGUUAUUACCCAAAAAAGACUUAGGUACUUUAUUACGACUUAACCAAAACUUUAUACGUACCAUUUGACAUACGUACCUACUUACUGUCUUUGAAGCACAGCCUAAUUUUUCGGUGAGCUCACUCUAAAAAUAUUUUAACAAGUUUAUGAAUAUAUUAGGAAGGACUAUUAUUUAUUUUUUUUAUCUAUUUAUUAUUAAUUUAUUUUAGUAUGUAAAUUAAUUUUUGUAUAAUUAAUAUUUAUCCAGCUAAAAUGCUGCCAAUUUGGGUGAUAUGCUACUUUAUUACAUUUUUAUUAUUAUUUGUUUUGUAGCUUACUUAUGUUAGGCAUUUAUAUAAUAUAAUAAAAUUGAAAAUCAGUAUUUGUUUUAAUUUACAAUUUUUGUUCCAAUUUGAAUACUAGGAACUAGAAACCAUAACAUAACUUCAAUUAUUG